UUCCGACAUCUUUAAUUGUAACAAUUAACUGCAAAUACCCAACAAUAAACACUGAUUAUUACAUUGGAAUCAGUUGUGAAUCAAAUCAAAACAAAACGAAACCAAUGGUUACCAUUGAGUAGAUGAACAAUUUGGUUUGAUUUUUUUUUUCUAAUUCUAAUUGUAAUUAUAAUUAACAAUAAUUUCCGUUAAAUUGGUGAUUUAAAUUGUUACCUUUGAUUGUUAAAAAUAAAGUUCAUCCGUUAAUCGGUUUCAUUGAUUAUUGAGCUGUGAAGAUAAACUCAUUUUAAUUAUCAUGUUUACUAAAUUAAAUGUAAUUGUUAAAAUGGUUAAUGGACACAAAUGAUCAAUUAAAUUGUGGUUAAAGUUUAAAUUAAAUCAUUGAGAGAUAUUAAUGAUUAUUAACAACAAUCAAAAGAAAAGACUAAAAAUAAAUUGUUCAUAUCGAUACUUAAAAACUUACCAAUUAAUCAGAACCAAAUCAUCUGGAACAAUUAAAAUUAUUUAGCAGUUUGAUUUAAUUUAAUUGGAACUUAUCAAUUUGAUGAAUAUGAUUAGUUGAUCAUUUGAAAUGAUGAUUUUGAUUGGAUCACUUGAUUGAAAAAAAAAGUUUUCUUUCCAUCAAAAAUAUUAAUUGUUUGAAGAAUUAGAAUAAUUUUUGAUAAUCAAUGAAAUCUAAUCAAUUGUUAAUCUUUAAUUGUUUCAUUUUCCUUUGUUUCUUAUUGAGUCCAAUCGAUGGAUCAAUGUUAUCGAUCAUCGCUUAUGCCACGAUCGCUAAUCUACUUAGACCCAGGUCACGAUAUCCACCACAAUCGGCACCACUACCACCACACCCUCAGGUACCACAAUUACAAUACGAAUCAUCAUCACCAGGUCACUCAGGGGUCAGUCAAAUUUUGGAACCACAAUCGUCACAAUCAUUUUUAACCCAAUCGGUUGUACCAUCGGAACGAGGCUUUGGUUAUCCAGGAGGAAUUACAAUCGAUAACAAUCCAGUAACUGAUUGGGCCAAGAGUUUACAGUCUCACCCUGAAAGUCAAAAGGUCCCAAGUUUUUAUGGUUCCUACCCAACGAAAGGCUACCAAAUCUUCAACGGGCCACCACCGACUUCGGGAUUGUUUCCCAAGAAACCAGGAUUCCAACCGGUGUUCAAAUUUUCUGGUAUCGGCGACCAUUUUAAAAGUGUCCCAGAAAAGGGUUUAUUUCAACUCUAAUCGUCCACUGACCAAUCAACAAUCAACCAAUUACUUAAUGGGAAUCUUGUUACCUCCUUAAUAUCAGUUACUGAAAUUCAGUGCCAAUAAAACUCAACAAACAAAAUCAAUUGAUUGUCCAUUACAAUUAUUGAUUCCAAUUGAUUAACAGUUGCAAACGUCAUCAAUUGAUCAGUUAAA